AUGGAAUAUCCAAAGCGAUUACAAAGUAACUAUGUUAAUGAUUGUAAUGAUAGUAAAAGAAAAAGAUUAAACGUAUCAACAGCCGAUUCAAACAAUUCAUUGACGAAGUCUAUAAUUCGUUUUGAAGAUCUUUCAAACGAUAUCAUCUAUGAAAUAUUUGAUUUUCUUGAUUUUCGACAUGCAUACGACGCAUUCUCUAAUCUUAAUAAACGUUUUCAAAAUUUUCUAACAAAUUUAACUCUUCCUGUUAAUAUUGAUAUGUCAUCCAUAUCUAAAUCAGAUUUUCAAAAGUAUUACAAACAAAUUAUUAUACCUAAUAUACAUCGAAUUAAAUCACUUCAUUUAUCGAAUCCAUUUUCUAUUGAUAUAUUUCUCACGCACAACUGCAUUGUAUCAAAAUUGAUUCGACUUGAAACUCUUAUUUUAUAUGAUAUUCAAUCAAAAGAUCUUCAAAAUCUUCUCAUUUAUUUAAUCUCUUUACCAUAUCUAUCUUCAUUGGUAAUCUCUAAUAUAGAUGAAGGAGGAGUUACAAAUAAUUUAUAUCAUGAAAUAUUUCGUUUGCCGAUGUUAAAAUAUUGUAAAAUAUCGUUCAACAAUUACCUUCUGAUGGAAUCAUCAUUACAUAUUUCAAUUAAUGAAUACAGUCCUAUUGAACAUCUUAUUAUCAAUAAUGACUUUGAUAUACAUAAACUAACUGUUCUCUUGUCAUAUAUUCCUCAACUUCGUCGUUUAUCUCUCGGUAAUUUAUGGCAAUGUUCAAACGAACAAAUAAUUUCAUGUCCAAUCAAACUAAAUCAUUUGACACAUGCAUCUCUUAAUAUGAAUAAUAUUAUUUUUGAUCAAUUUGAAAUAUUAAUCAAACAUAUUUUUUUUCAACUUCAAGUGUUAUAUAUUACAGCUACAAAUGAUAAAACAUAUUUAGAUGCAAAUCGAUGGGAAAGUUUAAUUUUAUCUUAUAUGCCAUAUUUACGAAUUUUUGGCAUUCAAUGGGAAUAUUUUCCACAGAAAAACGUUUACACAGCUGAUAUUUUCAUGAUCGAAUCAUUUCGUACUCAGUUUUGGCUUGAACGACAAUGGUUCUUCACAUCUAUUCUUGAAUCAGCAGGUGAUGAUUGUUAUCGAGUUCUCUUUUCUACAAAUCCGUACAGAAGAAAAUCUUAUACAUUAUAUGGAAAUCCAAGCAAAGAUAUGAUAUCAAAUUAUCAGAAAAACAAUAUAAAUUCCGUUCAUUAUGUUUAUAUCAAACAAGAAGAAACGAUAAAUGAUUGUAGAAACUAUUUUCCAAAUGCUACUGAACUGACUCUCUCUUAUGACGAUGGAAAUCCUCCUUCAAUUAUUCUCAAUCAUAUUGUUCCUUUGACACAACUCACCAAAUUAAAUAUCAAUGUUAAAUCAUUUCUCUUCAAAACAAUGAUUGAACUAUUAUAUUCAACAUCGAAUAUUCAUACUUUGACCGUUGAAGAUGUAUGUUUUGAUAAGAAAGAAUUAGCAUCAAUUCAACAAACUGAAAUUUUUCAAUUAGUAUCAACUAGAAAUAAAAUUAAAAAUUUAACUAUUAAUUCAAUAUAUGCAUUUGAAGAAAUAAAAUUAUUUAUUCAUCUUUGUUCUCAAUUAGAAUGUCUUAGAAUGCGUCCAGUAUAUGAUGAUUUUGAAGGAAUUUUACGAUAUCUCUUAUCGAAAAACAACAGCAAUACUCAAUGUUUAUUCUAUAUAUGUGUCACGGAUUUUUCUUCAGAAGAAAUUGUAACAAUAGACACUGUUAUGGAAUCAAAGGAAACUAUUGAUGAUUAUCAAGCAAAACGAAUAACACAAGAUUUUUAUGAUGAUAUCUAUUUCUGGCGAUGA